AUAAACAAUGAAUUUUGAUCAAUUGAUACCCAAUAUUUAUUGUUUACACAACAUUUGGAAUCACGUUUCAAUGACAAAAUGGGCUGUACUGCCACCUGAUAACGUUCACUUAUGUCUACUCUCCGAACUUUGACCCCUGAAGAGGAGAUACCAGACGGUAUAAAAGGAGAGGAAGAGCGCUUUCUCGCCAUACCUUGUCUUGCUGCGUCAGUGAACGUACGGACAAACCAAACCCUAAAUCCGCCAUCGUACAGAAAUUUGUACUCUAACAUCAACCAAAAGGAAUCUAACAUCAAAAAUGGCAGAAUCCCAGUGUCGUCAAAAUUUCCACCAAGAGAGCGAGGCCGGCAUUAACCGCCAAAUCAACAUGGAAUUAUAUGCCAGCUAUGCCUACCAAUCCAUGUCUUUCUACUUCAACCGUGAUGAUGUGGCUCUCCCUGGAUUCAGCAAGUAUUUCAAAAACGCUUCUGAUGAGGAACGCGAGCAUGCCGAGAAGCUGAUGAAGUACCAGAACAAGAGAGGGGGGCGUAUCGUGCUUCAGGACAUUGGUAAACCUGACCGUGAUGAGUGGGCAACUGGACUGGACGCCAUGCAGGUGGCGCUUCAGCUGGAAAAGACUGUGAACCAGUCCUUACUUGACCUUCAUAAGCUCGCAGACAAGCAUGGAGAUGCACAGAUGUGCGACUUCAUCGAGACCGAGUACUUGGAGGAGCAAGUGAACGCCAUCAAGGAGAUUUCUGACCACAUCACUCAGUUGAAGAGAGUUGGAAGUGGAUUGGGAGAGUAUGAAUACGACCGUCGCCUCGACUCUUAAAGGUCAAAGUUCAUCAAAGACACCCCCUAGAUAUGUGAAAACUUUCUUUAAACGUGUGAACUGUUAAAUUGACGGGUGUGUAAUAAUAAAUUGAAAAGAAAAACAAAUAAAAAUUGCAAAAAUUUA